UUACGUCGUGACGUAAUUUCCCGACAUUCUCCGCGCGGUCACUGAGAGGACAUCAGAGGGCAAACAGCGCUCCCGAGGCUCGCUUACGUAUCUAAAUCUUAAAACCUUACAAAAUGGCUGAUGUUAUUGAGUCAAAGAUCAAGAACUACAGGACAGCUCCUUUUGACUCCAGGUUCCCCAACACCAACCAAACUCGUAACUGCUUCCAAAACUACCUAGACUAUCACAGGUGCAACAAGGCCCUGUCAGAGAAGGACCAGGACACAAGCCCCUGCGAAUGGUACCAGAGGGUCUACAAAAGCAUCUGCCCCUCAGGAUGGGUGAACGGUUGGGAUGAAGGUAUUGACAGCGGCAGUUUUGCAGGAAAAGUUUAAAUGUAGCCACCUCUGACUCGGACAAUUCACUUCAAGUUCAUGUGAUGUACACCCUUACCUCCGUACUGUGCCUAAGGACGUUUCACACCAUAACAUAGACCGUACUAUUCUGUUACCUAAAAUUUGAACCACGCACAAGUUUUUACUGUUAAAACAUGAGGGGUUUCUCGAGUCCUUUUUAAAUUAAUGUUCUCAAAAUCAAAAUUCCAAGCCAGUAAAAUGGUCCUAUAAAUGUUUUGUUAGACUAAAGACAAAUAAAAGAUGAUUGACUCUA